AUGGAUGCCAGGACCCGAUCACACGAUGAUUAUACGGUCGGAUGGAUAUGCGCCUUACCAGUGGAGACGGCGGCUGCGAAGCUGAUGUUGGAUAAUAUACACCCGCUUUUGCCUCGCCUGCCGAGGGACCAAAAUACAUACAUUUUUGGAAGCAUCGGGGAACACAAUGUCGUUAUUGCUAGUUUGCCGACUGGUGUACAUGGUAAUACGUCAGCUGCGACGGUUGGGAUGCAGUUGCUGUCUAGUUUUAACGCCAUCCGCUGCGGUUUUAUGGUUGGUAUUGGCGGCGGAGUACCAACCAGCAAUGCAGACAUUCGACUCGGGGAUAUUGUAGUGAGCCAGCCGACGGACACAUCUGGAGGCGUGAUCCAGUACGAUUUAGGGAAAGCGCUAAGCGGCGGCCAAUUCAAGCGAACCGGAAUGCUUAAUCGACCUCCCAAGGUUCUGUUGACUGCUCUCGCGAUUGUCCAAGCACAUCACCUCACAGAAGAUAGUCGGAUCAUCGAAUUUGUUUCCAACCUGCAAGCAAAAAUGGCGCCCCACAAAGCUACCAAAUUCACGCGACCGACGCAGGAGGAUUGUCUAUUCCAAGCAGAAUAUGAUCAUAUCAUAUCUGAUACCUGUGUUGAUUGCGAUAGAUCUAGAUUAGUUUCACGAACCCGACGAGAGCACCAAAAACUAGUCAUUCACUACGGACUCAUCGGAUCGGCAAAUCAAGUUGUGAAGGAUGGCAAGCAGCGAGAUCAGCUGGCUCAAGACUUAGGUAUAUAUUGUGUGGAGAUGGAAGCGGCGGGACUCAUGAAUGACUUUCCGUGUCUGGUCAUUCGGGGUAUCUGCGACUACGCCGACUCACACAAGAAUAAGGAAUGGCAAGGAUAUGCGGCGGCAGUGGCGGCGGCCUACGCGAAAGAGCUUCUCUUGGUGAUUGCAAUCGAUCAGAUCAACAGUACCCCAACUGCACGAGACACACUAGCAGACUCUGUCCACCGCUUUGACGUCCCAUUAGACCUGACGGCUGUGCCAGUGAUUGAAAGUUUUCUGGGACGGCAAGGUGAACUAGACCGACUCUGGCAGUAUUUACAGCCCACGGAUUCCCGAUCACGAAAGGUUGCAAUUGUUCACGGGCUUGGCGGGAUGGGAAAGACACAACUAGCGAUUCGUUUCGCACGAGACCGCAAGCACGAUUUCUCAGCCAUCUUCUGGCUGAGUGGCAAGGAUCGAGUCACAAUCUUGCAAUCCUUGAGCUCUAUCUUACCCCGAUUACCAGGGCAGUCACAUGCUGACGGGGCGAUGAAUGACGAGGAAGUGGAGCAACGAGCUAGAGAUGUGUUAAAGUGGCUAGCAAUAGAGGGAAACUCACGCUGGCUGAUCAUUUUCGACAACAUCGACCAAUACUCCCCUAGCCCCAUUGGUGAUGCAUAUGAUAUUGCUGAAUUCUUCCCUGGAGCCGACCAUGGCUCUAUUCUCAUUACCUCUCGGCUGCAAGGGUUGACGGAACUGGGAAAGUCAUUUCCUAUCCAUAGGCUUGACUUGAAGGAUGCGAUUCAACUGCUCUUACAAAGCAGCCGUCUAUCAAUGAAUAAUAUAGCUGAGGAGCUUAAGAGCAAUCCCGAUACCGUUGCUCUUGCGAACCGUCUUGAUGGACUUCCAUUGGCAAUCGUCAUCGCCGGGGCGUUUAUGCGUGAAACUGGAACCAGCAUCACUGAGUACUUACAGUACUACCAAGUAUCUUGGUCCGACCUACAGCUGCAAUCAAAUCCUGAACGCCAGUACCAGCAAGGCAAUAUGCUGCAAACAUGGAUGAUCUCAUAUCGUGAGAUUCAGAAGCGAGACACGAACGCAGCAGAAUUGCUUCUGUUCCUUGCUUGUUUCGAUAAUAGAGAUAUUUGGUAUGAACUCAUAAAAGGUAGCUGUCACAACUCAAAUCUCCCAAUUUGGCUCGAAAGAACUAUAUCAAACAGAAUUGCAUUUAAGAUCGGUGUCAAGGCUCUCAUCGGGUUCUCUCUACUCGAGGUUAAGGAACAAGGGGGCUACGCUAUGCACCCGGUGGUACAAGAUUGGUGCGUUCACCUCGCCAGCGCAGACAAAACUGUGAAUCCAAUCCAGCUUAAUGAGCUGGCAUUGGUAUCUGUUGGGUACACUGUCCCUAGUACAAGUGUCAGAAAUUAUUACGAGCUUCAGCAGCGGCUUAUUCCACAUGCGAACUAUGUACGUCAUAGGGAUUGUUCAGGCCAUAAUAUUUUGGUGUGGGAAGCAUUUGAUAAUUUAGGAAUCCUCUACUCUGAUCAGGGGAAGCUGAAGGAGGCAGAGGAGAUGUACCAGCGAGCACUGGCAGGCAACGAGAAGGCCCUGGGUCCUGAUCAUACGUCUACUCUUCGGACAGUCAACAACCUUGGGAAUCUCUACGCUGAACAGGGGAAGCUGAAGAAAGCAGAGGAGAUGUCCCAGCGAGCACUGGCAGGCAAGGAGAAGGCCCUGGGUCCUGAUCAUACGUCCACUCUUGAUACAGUCAACAACCUUGGGAAUCCCUACUCUGAUCAGGGGAAGCUGAAGGAGGCAGAGGAGAUGUACCAGCGAGCACUGGCAGGCUACGAGAAGGCCCUGGGUCCUGAUCAUACGUCUACUCUUCGGACAGUCAACAACCUUGGGAAUCUCUACGCUAAACAGGGGAAGCUGAAGGAAGCAGAGGAGAUGUAUCAGAGAGCACUGGCAGGCAAGGAGAAGGCCCUGGGUCUUGAUUAUACGUCUACUCUUGAUACAGUCUAUAACCUUGGGAAUCUCUACGCUAAACAGGGGAAGCUGAAGGAAGCAGAGGAGAUGUACCAGCGAGCACUGGUAGGCUACGAGAAGGCCCUGGGUCCUGAUCAUAUAUCUACUCUUCAGACAGUCAACAACCUUGGGAAUCUCUACGCUAAACAGGGGAAGCUGAAGGAAGCAGAGGAGAUGUACCAGCGAGCACUGGCAGGCAAGGAGAAGACCCUAGGUCCUGAUCAUACAUCUACUCUUGAUACAGUCCAUAACCUUAGUCUUCUUUACUCUGAUCAAGCCAAGCAGGAAGAAGUAGAGAUUCGCCAGCGAGGACUGGCAGGCAGUCACAAGGCCGCGCCCCUAGAUCGCACUAGAAGCCGGCGGAUUGAUCAGAUGAGUUAA